UGUGUGGCGUCCCUCGAAUCCAACUUCAUGGGUCUCGAGCUUAUAUUCUCACUUUUCCGUUCAUGAUUUGUGGACACUCGUGGAUCGAUGGAUUACAGAGCAGUUGGCCAAAGUAGGGAAUAUGAAGGUGUUUCAUAUUAAGUUUCUGUCUGACAACACUACAACGUCUUUCUAAAAUAGUGCUGCUGACAGAGGUCACUAAAAGGGAGUUUUGAAAGGACGUGAAGGCGAACAUCAUCUGCUGGACUGUACCGCUACCGUCACGGACAAUGUUCUCGGCAACGGGAAAGCGUUGCUUUACCAUUGAGUCUUUGGUGGCUAAGGAAAGCCCCUUAACACAAGAAGACCCUAUUCGCCCUACCGCCCUAAGCUACACGGCGCCUGCUGACAGUUUUCUUAACGGGUAUCAAAGCCCCACAGGCCGCGCGCUCUAUCCAAACCCCGAGCUGGUGUUUUCCGAGACUGUGAACCAUGCCCCUCUCAGCAUGCACCCACACCAGCUCGGCAGCACACACCUCCAGCACCCGCAUUUCUUUGGCACGCAGCACCGUGAACCACUGAAUUUCUAUCCGUGGGUCUUAAGGAACAGGUUUUUUGGCCAUCGGUUUCAAGGAAGCGAGGUCUCACAGGACACGCUGUUACUGCACGGACCUUUCGCAAGGAAGCCCAAGCGGAUCCGCACCGCGUUCUCGCCCUCUCAGCUGCUGCGCCUGGAGCGAGCCUUCGAGAAGAACCAUUAUGUAGUCGGAGCCGAACGGAAACAGCUCGCUAACAGCCUCAGCCUGUCUGAGACUCAGGUGAAAGUGUGGUUCCAGAACCGCAGGACCAAGUAUAAGAGACAGAAGCUGGAAGAAGAGGGCCCAGAGUGCACACAGAAGAAGAAGGGAAACCACCACAUGAACCGCUGGAGGAUUGCCACCAAACAGACCGGAUCUGAGGACAUAGAUGUCAUGUCUGACGCCUAAGACAACCCAAACACUGCCUAAAUGAACACAAGACCAAGAAAAGCACUAUUUAUUUAAUGUUAUUAGUCAUGAUAUCUCAGAUUCUAAACCUAACUGCAGAGAACCUGACCACAUUGUGAGUUAAGGAUGAAUUAAAUAGGUCUACACCCAGGACUGAACACUAUAGCUGUUUAACACUGGAAUUAUCCAAUGUUUCAGACAUGCAUCACCUGUAAGAAAUCAUAUUAUAUAUGACUGUCUUUCUCUUCUUCUUUUUCUUCUUCUUUUUCUUCUUCUUUUUUUUAAGAAAUUGUAUUUAAAACUAACAAUGAAGUUAAUUUUCACAAGUC